AUGAAUUGGGCCGACUCAUUACUUUACCCCCCACUUCAAUCUCCUAUAGAUUUGUUACUCAGUAAAUCCGAAUGCACUUUAGAAGAACUUCUCGAGUGCGAGGACUUCCCACAAGAGUUCCAGUCGAACAGCUCUCUUGUCGAGUUUUGUAAAGAACCCGCCAUUAUUAAGAGGAUAUUACAAUACACGAUGUACGAUUACCCAAAAGACGUCGACCAAAGUCUGAGCAAUAAGUUCCAUUUAGUCUGUGUGUCUAUCUUUGCGGAGCCUUCGCAGUUGUCUGAGGUCAUUGGGUCGACUCAAGAGUUAGUUGACUAUGUCUUUGCUGCGAUAGCGUCCGAGAACAAAACAAAAAUGGGAGCUGCGGGUCUUGUUUUGUCUUCGGUCAUCUCUUCCGACAAUUAUUUGGUAUAUAAGAGAUUCACUGAGGACGAGACUAUCAUCAAAACGAUCAUGGAGAAUUAUGAUGUCCCGGGAUUCUUAGACUCUAUCUUCCAGUUCAUGCAUUUAGAGAACGAUGAUAAGUACUCUGGUGUCAUUGAGUACAUCUGUAAGUUCGGCUUCAUCAAAAACAUUCUUCAGACAAUGAUGAAUAGUACUGAUCUGGAUACCAUCACCAACAUCUCAACCUUCAUACAUAAUAUAGUGGUAUGGAAAGUAUCGUAUACUAAUAGCAAAGCUAUCAAAUUUCUCUCGUUACUCAACCAAAACGAAUUCUUACAGAGUUUUGUUGAGUUCGCCUUUGUGUCAAAGGACUAUUUUGUCGUGGAACAUAUCUUACGUGACGUCUCUAACAUCCUCGCGUGCUCAACCUUCUUAGUCUAUCCAGACCAGAACAAUUUACCCGGAAUUUUCAAGUCCGUUUUGACUCAAAUUAACAAGUUCCCCGAUAUCUUCCAUUUGAAAAAUACAUCAUGUGUCAUUAACAACUUAUUAUACGUCGUGUUGUCUCUUGUCCUCUCCGGCUUUGACACCAUCAUCGAUGCAAUCGUCGCGUCCAACACCAUGAAAUUAUUAGUGGAGUUAUUAUAUGGGGAUCAUAUGUCCACAAUUGUCCGACAAAGUGUCUUAAUGGCGAUAUCCGCAGUGAUCUCUUCUAAAGUUUCGAAAGUGCUUAUUUCCUUAUUAGACGAUGGAAAGUUUUUGAAGCUGUUAGUUGAGAAGGACAAAGAGUCUGUUGCAAUUCAAGCAGAGAAGAACAUAGGGCCAGACUAUUGGUUAGUUGCAGCUUCUAUAAUGAAGAACUUAUAUGAGAUGGUUCCUGAGGAAGAGAGUGACAUCGGAGAGGUCGAGAGAAUUAUAAUCGACGAUAACGAGUUCAUGGAAUACGUGAAAAACAUUGUCAUCCCCCGCGACGAGGCACAAUCGGAAUACUUCACCACGACAGACUACGGCCGCGACGAAGAUAAUUACGACGAAGAUUCCAACGAAGAGGUCGAAGAGGAGAACGAUGUAAACGACGAUGUAAACGAAGACGAGCAACAAUAA